AGUAGUGAUACACCUACUACACCUACCUGUGAAAAUAAUCAAAUCUUCAAAAUCUAAAUAUAAUAAUGGGCCUAAGAUUUUGAUGUGGAAUUAGUCAAAAAAGUGGUAUAAAAAGGCAUCUCUCUCUCUCUCACUCUCACACUCACUCCAUUCAUUUUUUCCUAUCUAUUUGGGUAAAUGGAAAAUGGGAAGAACUUGGCCACUAGAGCUCUCAACACUGAUCUUCCAAUCAUGGUUAAGAUGCUUGAGUUGACCAAUAGUGUUAAAGAUCCAAUGCCUCUGGCUAAGGGAACAGUGUACUGGCAACCACCAGAAGAGGCUUUGGAAAAAGUUAAACAUAUAACAUUUGAUCCAACAACUAGUAGGUAUGGACCUCAUGAAGGCCUUCCACAGCUCAAUGAAGCAUUGACCAAAAAGCUGCGCGAGAAAAAUAAAUUGUUGAAAUCUUCUGUUAUGGUUACAUCAGGUUCAAACCAGGGAUUUCUAAACCUUGUGUUAACACUAUGUGAUGCAACAGACUCUGUAGUACUGUUUGCACCAUACUUCUUCAAUGCACACAUGUCCUUUAGUAUGACAGGCAUCACUAACAUAUUGAUAGGUCCAAGUGAUCCCAUAACACUAGAUCCAGAUACAGAUUGGUUAGAGAGAACACUUUCAGAAACAAAACCUACACCAAAGCUUGUUUCUUUAGUAAAUCCAGGAAAUCCAUCUGGGAAAUGCAUUUCAGAGCCUCUUCUAAAGAGAUUUUCAGAUAUUUGUCAAAGGGCUGGAUCUUGGCUUGUAAUUGAUAAUGCAUAUGAGCACUUCAUGUAUGAUGGUCGAAAGCACAGUUGUAUAGAGGGGAACCAUAUUAUCAAUCUAUUUUCAUUCUCAAAGGCAUAUGGAAUGAUGGGUUGGCGAGUUGGAUAUAUAGCUUACCCGUCUGAGGCAACGGCUCUAAGAACUCAGCUUCUCAAGGUUCAAGACAAUGUAGCCAUCUGUGCUCCAAUGAUUUCACAGUAUCUAGCCCUCUACUGCUUGGAAGCUGGGGAUGAGUGGAUCAAGAACAAAGUUAAAAGCCUUGGCAAAAACAAAGAACUACUUACUGAGGCCCUUACACCACUAGGCAAAGAUGCAGUGACAGGAGAAGGAGCUAUAUACCUAUGGGCCAGACUCCCAGAAAAGUACUCAAAUGAUGAUUUUGAAGUUGUGUGCUGGCUCGCUCGUAGACAUAGCGUGGUGGUUCUCCCGGGAAGCGCUUGUGGUGUGUCUGGCUGCAUCCGAGUCACGUAUGGAGGGAUGCCUCUAGAGAGCUGUCAUGUUGCUGCAAAGAGGCUCAGGAAAGGCUUGGAAGAACUUGUUACAUAUGGCAUGGUGAAGGAACAGUGAAAGUUUCGAUAUUGUUGAACUAUGUGUUGUAUGUUAUAAUGCAACUUUCAAUAAGAGUAUAACAACAACAAAAUGGUGUUAUUGUUUCGGGAUAUUAGUGGCUAAACCACUUAAAUUUUAUAGUUUGUACCACUUUAACUAUAUAAACUCAUUUUUUUAGCAGCAAA